AUGGACAAGGACGUCGAGAAGUCCAUAGGGCUUGGUCAGUGGCAAGAAACGACCCAGUCGUGUGAAGACGACAUCGGCAAAUCUCGCAGGACCGAAGAAGCAGAGUUCGCUGACGAGGACGCUGAGAAGCCAAACAUUGUCAAAGGCGACGAUUCGGAUGGUCAUGUGAACUGGAGCAAGCGACAGAUUUUGGCCACGCUUUCCCUUUCUGGCCUCUAUGUCGGUUCACAGUUACCACUGCUGCUCGGCGCAGGAAGCCUUCCGUACAUCGUCAAAGACAUUGGCGGAUCGACCAUCGACUCCUGGUUCCCAGUUGCAUACUCUCUGGCCAUGGCUUCUGUGUCGCCCUUCAGCGGAUAUCUACAAGACGUGUUCGGACGCCGCAACAUUGCCCUCGUCGGCGGGUCUAUCCUCUGCGUCGGGAUCAUCGUGGUUGCCACAUCUCACACCAUGGGUCAGGCUAUUGUGGGAAUGGCUCUCUCAGGCCUGGGAGCAGCCAUAGGGGAAUUGACCGCCCUGGCUGGAACUUCUGAACUCGUGCCAGUCAAGAGAAGAGGUCUCUAUCUGGGUGCCGUCACUGGUUGUGUCUUGCCCUUCUCUCCUUACGCGAUUUACACCACUCUCUUGGGCACGCAUUCGACCUGGAGAUGGGGUUUCUGGAUCCCACUCAUGUGGAACGGGUUAGCGGUGACUGGAAUUGCUCUGACCUAUUGGCCUCACUCGCAACUUCGCGCAGAACGGAAGACGUUUUGGGAAAUCCUGCCUCAAAUCGAUUUCGUCGGUGGUCUACUUUCCACUGGUGGAUUGACACUGUUCCUGGUAGGGGUAACAGCAGGUGGCAACCUCGCUCCUUGGGCCAGCGCCAGGGUCUUGUGCCCCCUCAUCUUCGGUGUCGCUCUCGUCGUCGUGUUCGCGGUCUGGGAGUGGAAGUUUGCUUCCUUCCCAAUGCUCCCUCACGAGCUCUUUGCUGGUCAACGUGUGGUCGCUAUGAGUUUCCUGGUGGCAUUCAUCUCAGGAAUCUACUUCUACGCCAUUCUUAACUUCGGCCCAGUCAUAUACCUGGAUAUCUACAAUCCAGAUCCGGUCAAAGCAGGGAUCAAAGGAGUUAUCAUCAGCCUUGGCGUGACAGCCGGUGCCGUCAUACCCAAUAUGCUUCUAUCAGUCUAUAAGACGCGCCAGCGGGAGAUCCUUGCAACCUGUGCCGUUCUGGCCACUGCUUUUGGUACCGCCUUGGUGACAACGACACCCGACAAUCCAGUGCGUACCGUCGCAUUCUGUACGAUCAGUGGAUUUGGGAUUGGAGCCAUCGUGGCCUGUGCGUUGACAACCGCCGUAACCGCAGCACCCGACAAUAUCAUUGCUACUUGUGUAGCUCUUUCUCUUUCCAUCCGCACAGUCGGGGGUUCGGUGGGCACGGCGGUCAACUCGAACGUCCUCGACAGCAAGUUGAAGAAGAACCUCCCAAUGUAUAUCGCCGAAUAUGCCAUCGCAGCUGGGCUCCCAACAUCUUCGGCGACCGCAUUUGUGGAGCUCUACCUGACUGCGCCUGCAAAACUGAGUAACGGGGCAGUCCCGGGAGUCACUGCAGCUGUCAUGCAAGGAGCAGUCAUCGGAGCUCGCUGGGCGUAUGCAGAAAGUCUGAAGUAUGUCUGGUAUACCAUGCUGCCUUUCGGUAUCUUGAGUUGCGCUGCAUGUUUGGGACUUGGGAACGUUGGGAAAUUCAUGACGAACCGCAUCGCGGCGAACAUUCGUCACUGA